UAGCGUCCAUUUUGUGUUCAGCAGAAAAUACAUGGGCAAAAUGAAAUCUUGGCCCCUCCCUCCUCUUUUUUCUUCCUCUUUCCCUUCCUCUUCUUCAAUCUCUCUUCGAAUUAUUUUUUCUCUCAUUCCUCAAAAUUGUAUAUCAUCUUCCUCUACCAUCCCAGAAAUUAUAGAUGUACCCAGUCCCAAUCCUUCUAGUAUUGACACCAAGCGAACCUCGGAGUCCGAAAAUUCAAGCAAGAUCAAAACUUUCCAGAUUCCUAUUUCAGAAGACCCAGUUUUAAGCCAAACCCAUGUCAUCGAAACUCUUUUAUCUCAUAGGAAUGACCCAUUUUCAGCUUUGCAGUACUUCAAAUGGGUAGAGAAACAGAGGGGUUUUGCACGUGGAAGUGUGGUUCCUUUCUGUCUCUUGCUGCACAUUCUGGUAAUUUCUGGGAGCCAUGACGGUGUGGUUAGAAAUUUGCUUAACAAAUAUGCGUCUAGUAAUUCAGUUCCCUUGGCUGUUGUUCUUGUCGAUCACUUUAUCGAUUGUGCAGAGAGAUUUGGUUUUCAGUUAGAUGCGCGGGUUUUUAAUUACUUGUUGAAUGGAUAUGUUAGAGCACGGAAAUAUGCAGAUGCUGUUGAGUGUCUUAAAGCAAUGGUUUCUUGCGGUAUAGCACCAUGGGCGUUGGUAAUGAAUAAUUUUUUGAGUACUCUGGUUAAAAGAGAUAUGAGCGAGGAGGCCUUUAAUUUGUUUAAUGAUGAGAUUUUAAAUAAAUUUAGUUAUGAUUGUGCAACUGUAAAUGUGAUAAUGGGUGCGUGUUUAAGGGAGGGUAGAGUGGAGGAGGCUGAGAAGCUUUUUGUGGAGGCCAAGGGUAGUGGAAUGAAGCUUGAUGUGGCUAUUUAUACUACUGCUGUUCGAGUUGCUUGUAUGAAACUGGAUGCAAACGUUGCAUGUGAUUUGUUGAAUGAGAUGAAGAAGAUGGAUUGGGUUCCUUCCGAGGGUACAUUUACAAACGUGAUUAUUACAUGUGUGAAGUACAGGAAUUUAACUGAGGCGUUAAGGCUUAAGGAUGAGAUGAUAAGUAGGGGAUAUAAGAUCAAUUUGGUUGUUGCUACAAGCUUGAUGAAAGGGUACUGUCAGCUAGGAGAUUUGAACAGUGCUUUAGAAUUGUUCGAUAAGAUUAUUGAAGAUGGACUGACUCCCAGCAAGGUCACUUAUGCAGUCCUUAUUGAAGGAUGCUGUAGGAACAAAAACAUGGAGAAGGCGCAGGAGUUACAUACCCAAAUGAAAUAUGCAGAUAUCCAACCAAGUGUCUAUGUUGUGAAUUCUUUGAUUAAUGGGUUUUUGAAAAUUCAACAGGUGGAGGCAGCAACCAAGCAGUUUGACGAGGCUGUUGAGGUUGGUAUUGCCAAUGUGUUUACUUACAAUAAUAUGAUAUCCUGUUUUUGUAAAUUGGGUAGAGUGGAUGAAGCUUGCAGUAUCUGGGAUAAGAUGAUUGACCGAGGUGUUCAACCUACCAUGGUUUCAUAUAACAAUAUGAUUCUUGGAAACUGCAAGAAAGGGAACAUGGAUAUAGCAUUAGACUUACUAUGCAAGAUGCUAGAAAAGAACUUGAAGGCUAAUGUCGUCACAUAUAGUAUAUUGAUAGAUGGAUAUUUCAAAAAAGGUGAGUGUGAACAAGCUCUUGGAAUGUUUGAUCACAUGAUAAGCUUAGGGAUUGCCCCUACUGAUGUCACAUUCAACACCAUUAUCAAUGGCUUAUGCAAAUUUGGUCGAGCUUCUGACGCAAAAGAUAAGCUGAAAAAAUUGAUGGUGAUGGGAUUCAUUCCCAGUUGCAUGACUUAUAAUAUCAUCAUUGAUGGUUUUGUAAAGGACGGUGAUAUUAAUUCAGCAAUGGAUGUUUACAGAGAGAUGUGUGAAAUUGGACUUUCCCCCAAUGUAAUCACUUACACCACUUUAAUUGACGGGUUUUGCAAAAGCAACAACGUUGAUCUUGCCUUGAAGAUGCAAAAUGAGAUGCGAGUCAAAGGUAUUCAAUUGGAUGUAACUGCAUAUAGCGCCCUUAUUAAUGCAUUCUGCAAAAGAAAUGACAUGAAAACUGCCCAUGAACUUUUUUAUGAAAUCAUGGAAGUUGGUCUAUCUCCCAACAGUAUCAUUUAUAACACCAUGAUUAGCGGAUUCAGAAACCUGAAUAAUAUGGAAGCAGCACUUGAGUUAUAUAAAAAAAUGAGGAAAGAACAAAUUCCCUGUGAUUUGGUGACGUACACCACAUUGAUUGAUGGGCUGCUAAAGGAUGGGAAUUUAGUUCUUGCUUCGGAUCUUUACGAUGAGAUGCGUACCAAAGGUAUAUUGCCUGAUGUGAUUACCUACACUGUGCUGGUACAUGGUCUGUGUAAUAAGGGACAGGUGGAGAAUGCACGCAAGGUCUUGGAAGAGAUGCAUAAAAAGAGUAUGACCCCUAAUGUACUAAUUUAUAAUACAUUAAUUGCUGGAUAUUUUAAGGAGGGGAAUUUGCAAGAUGCUUUUAGGUUGCAUGAUGAAAUGCUUGAUAAAGGUCUUGUACCUGAUGACACAACCUAUGAUAUUCUUGUGAGUGGAAAGUUCAAAGAGAACGGCUUGCCUGUUGGAGGUUUACGAGUCUAAACCAUCAUCGCAGUAAUGACUUGCAAAUCAUUCUCUGUUGUCCCAAAGGAGAGAAACCCUGAUCUUAUAUCUAUCCACUCAUCAGUUGUGCUGAAGUUACAGCGUAAGCUUGAUGUUAUUCUUGACACCGUUAUUGAUGAGCAUAGAAGCAAUUUGAUAGCAACAAAUAAAGCAAAUGGGGAGUUUGGCUGUUAAGAUUUGGUGGUUAUUAUUCUCAGAUUCCAAGGAAAGUGGUAAUUUAACUUUCAAAUUACCAAUGAUAAUAUCAAAGCAGUCAUUUUUUGUAGACUUGUAAUUAUAUAGUUAAGCAUGCUUUCUUUUCCCUUACCACAUUUUGUUCUGAAUACUAAAUAUUGUAAUGUUGCAGAACAUGUUUAUUCAGCUGGAACGAAAUCUUCGACAUCAACACUUAAUUGGGCCACAGUAGAGUUAAUGAAAAAUCCGCUUGUAAUGGCAAAAAUACAAAAUGAAAUAAGGCGAGCGUUCAAUGGAAAGAAAAAAUUAACGAGACGUACAUUCACAUGCUAAAAUACAUCAAGUUGGUUAUCGAAGAAACCUUAUGGUUACAGCCUCCUGUUUCUAUAAUUCCAAUAGCAUGCCUAAAGGAAUGUGGAGUAUAUCGGAUGCCCCUCAACUCCAACGUGAUUGUGAACAUUUGGGCUAUUGGAAGAGAUCAGAACUAUUAGGAGAAUCCGGAAUGUUUUGAACCGAGAGAUUUGAGAAAUUUCAGUUGAUUUCUUGGGAAAUCACUUUGAAUAUCUUCCAUUUGGGUUGAGAAUGAGGGUUUAUCCAGGGAGAUCGGUCUUUCCGGAAGCAUGUUGGUGGUGAUCUAUCAUUGAAGGGUUUUAUACGAUGAGCGAUAUGCCGAUACUAGGGAAAUAACUUCAUUACUCAAACAGGGUCAAUGACAGGAUUUAAAAACAGAGGACAUAUGUCAAAUAUUCAUUGGAUAGUUUGGAAAAAAAAUAAAAAAGAGCCAUAUAGGUGCUAACACGUAGCAUCUAUCAUCUAAUCCUUUCAAUUGUCCUGUUUUAAGUAGCUUUAUUAUUGUUACCCGUAUGGCUAAAGGGUGUUAGUUGUGGUUCGAAAAAAAAGGUGUAAUUUUAUCCUAAAUAAUUUUAACAUUAUUUCAAUGUCCUUCCAUAAAUACAUAUUGAACGAAGUCGGAGAAAGUUUUGAACUCUUUGAUGAAAGUCUUAGAUUUCUAUUAAUAUUUGUUGAUAAAUAAGCUUAACAUAA